GGACAAUAUUGAUCGCCAGGUGAGAUAUGUAAGUCAGCCAGCAGUGUCGUUCGUCAAUACCUUAGUCAUCCACCCCACGACAAUUCGGUCAGCCAGCACCGAAGGAACGGUGUUUGGGUGAUUAAUGAGAUUGCUCCAUGCUCGCCAGACGAGUUCACUCGAGAGUAUUUACGCACUGGAACUUUCUUGAGAUAUCGGACAGGGGGCUCUGCACACUUGCAUUCUACAACGAUCUCUUACCAUUCAAUUCAGCAAUAGCCAUGAGCCUAAGGCACGAGUUCUAUGAGACAGACGAGGCGCUGACAAUCGCCAUAUUCGAUCGAGGGGCCGAUCCAGAACAGGUGUCUGUCAAACUCGAGCCUCGCAAGUUGACGUACCAAAAUGGCGACAAAGUCUUAACCCUGCAGCCUCUGAAGGGUCAAAUCGAUCCCGACAAGCGUGACUUUGUUGUUGGCAAAAUGAAAGUCGAAAUAAGACUCAGCAAGGCCACAUAUGGACGAUGGGGGGCACUAAUAGGUGAUGCGCCCGAUAUAUUAGCAAACUAUACGAUACCACCCACGCCAUCAGUAACGGGUACCUCUAAGAGGAAGAACUGGGAAGGAAUCACUACGGAGAUCCUUGACAGCGAGAAGGAAAAAGAUUCUCAGGAAGAUCCCAACGUCGGUGGGGACGCUGCCGUCAACGCUUUCUUUCAGAAAAUCUUUGCUGACGCCGAUGAUGACACGAGACGCGCCAUGAUGAAGAGCUUCCAAGAAAGUGGCGGCACCACACUCAGCACAAACUGGGACGAAGUGAAGAAGGAGAAAGUGGAGGUCAAGCCACCCGCUGGAGCGGAGUGGAAAAAGUGGAAUUGAGUAGCCUUAAACAUUUUCGCCCCACGGUUUAGGUUUUGUUGCAGUUGUGUGUAGCAGAGGGCGUGCUCAUCUCUUAAAAGUAUAAUGACCUGCCGACUUCCAGGCCAACUGGGGAUCGGAAAUUUUCUGGUCAAUGCGCUUUCCGCGCACAUCAUGGUGUUCGCCGGACAGUCGUUAGUCACUAGUUUCAACGACACUCCCAUAGGGUGUGAAUGACAACAUGGCU